AUGAAUCGAAAUUCGCUCGUAAACAUUUGUACGUGGUAUUACCGGUUACAAGUUAAAAAGCCCUGUGGCUAUCGUAGCAUUUCAUCACUCUAUCCACGAUGCAGUAAAGAAAAUCCUAAAGAGGAUGGUGUUAGUAGAGACGUGGAAUUGAAUCCGUAUUUCCAGAAGUAUGCAGACAAGAUUGCAAAAGCCAGUAGAAAAGCAAAUGAUAUUAGUGAUACGGAUACCUCUACACAAGCAAUCGAUUACUCUUUGAAAAAGAAAUAUCAAGAUCUAGACAGAAAACUAGAAAAGACGAUUGGUAGUUCAUCUAAGAAAGGGCCUCCAGUUGUUGGCCAAAGAAAAAACCUAAACGACAUCAUGUAUGUCAGUAAAAUUCAAGAAAAGUCCGGAACUGAAAUUGCUCAGAUAUGGACGGAAUAUCACAAGCAACGUGAUUGUAUUGGUGCUGUAAUACCUAAUGCCAUAUAUGAAAGGAUGUAUAAGAGAUCUUUUGAAUGCCCAGUAUUUGUUUAUCCCCUUCCUCGUAAUGAAGGAGUAGAAUUUAUAUUCGCACAGUUUGACGGAAAUGACUGCCAUUUUACACCUUUACUUAGUUUUAAAACAUUUGGUGAAAAUGCACCACCUAUUCUAACUAUAUCGCAUUACAAGGAAUUUUCUGAUAACAAAGGGAUCGUAUUAAUGUCGGGAAAUUGGGAUCCAAAGCAACUAAAUACCACAGAGGCCCAAUUUUUAGCUAAUCAACUACAACUUUUCUAUGCAGGAGAAGAUGAAUCUCGAUACAGUGUUGUUAAAUCUUUUAACCAUUUUCCUGAGAAUUUUAAUUAUGAAGAUAUUUUGCAAUAUUCUCUAAAAAAGUAA